UCAGAUGGCUCAAACCCAUUCUUAAUUGCCUGUCCAGCAUGUCUUACUUCAUAACUAGAAUAGAAGUCAAACUGAAAAGUACUGGCUGAAUGGUUUGAGAUCAGCAGUGAUGGCACAGCAUCCAAAGCACAGCCUGGAUCUCUGAUGUCUUUUGUUUUACCCCACAGAUUCUUUUCAUUGUAAAAAUAGGUUUUAAACCACAUUAAAUAAAAAAUUUUAAAGUUGAAAUUUACCCAGUCUCAGCAUUCAAACAAAAUAGCUGUGCUGGAGGCCUUAACUGCCCAAAUGCCACACCCACCUGCUUACAAACCUGUUACCACUGUUAUUGCCAAGGUCACUAAUGAGUACCAAAUCUAACAGGCACUCUGAAAUUCUCAGCAUUUGACCUCAUCCGUAUGUAUCCUAUCUGGAUCCUAGUUCAACCCCUAACUGAUCAUUCCUCACUUCAUUAUUGCAAGGGCCUCCCUUCCGUUCCCGUCUUUAGUCCCUUCCCUCUCUAGCCUGGUCUCUCCUUCACACCAGUAUGAUCAUAUUAUUCAACAAUUUUAAAUCCUUCAGUUUCUCUGGAUGAAACUACUUUAUAUAUAAUAUAGGCAGUUUGGUGGUAGCAGGUGGAUCUUUUAUUGCACAUACUCUGAGCCAGCAGUUUCGUUUCUUGGUAUUUGCUCAGUGUGCAGUAUGAUAGAAUGUGGACAAACCACCACCCGAAAGAAAAAUAAACACACGCCUACCCCAAAUAACAGCAUUUUUUCUGGGUACAUUUCUAUGUAUGUAGGUACGUAGAAUAGGUCUGGAGUAUUUCUCACCAAAACUGGUAAUAGAGGUUUCUCUGUGGUGGGAGGGAAGGGUGGAGGAGGGAAAAAGAAACCAGGAUCAGGAGAAUUGUCAAAGGGGAGGUUAGCCCUAUCUGUAAUGGUUUUUAUGAGGAGAAGGUAUACACUGAUGUAAUUAAUUAAAUAUUGUAUUAGUAAUAAAAUUGCUGCAGUAUCAGAGAAUCUCCUUCACUGACCCUCCCAGAUGGAACCCCUCCUUUCUCUCUUCUUGGCACCUUGUAAUACAGCCACUGUAAGACUCAGCAGUGUUUUAUAUUUAGUCUCUUUGCCUCUCUCUUUUGCCUUUCUAAGUUUUUUGAGGAUGAGAGACUAUUUUUUUACCCUAAUAGUUGGUAGUUAAUAAAUGUGGUGAACGCAUGAAUAUUCAAAUGUCUGAAUGAAUAAAUAAGUUAAUGAUGGAUCAGAGAGAGCCUAGCUGUGUGACCUGGGAAGGCUGCUCAGCUUUGCCUCUGCUUUCCCAUAUGUAAAAUGGGAAUAAAAUAUAUCUCACAGAUUAUAUGGGGUAGUGUAUGCAGAACACUUAGUAUUCCAUGAAUUAUGCUUGAAAUGAAAAACAGAUUUCUUCUGAUUCGCUUGUUAAUCCCAUAGUACCCAGCACGUUGUAGAUACUUAACAAAUACUUGUUUAAGGAAUGAAUGAAAAUUUUAAUUUCAGGAAAGAAGAUUAUUAAAUGUAAUCUAGAUUAUGCUUGAUUCAACUCUGGUAGAAAAGGUAAGUUUGCUGUAACAUUAUCAAGGAGAGAGAUAUGUGAAGAUUUGUAUACAGCUUGAUUUGGGACAGGUAUGCUCACUGAGAUCCAUUUUUUAAAAUUGACCUCUGGGCAGCAAUGAACUAAGAAAUGUCUCUCCCCUCACCCUGCCUGUCAUGAACAGAUAACCUGCUAUGCUGUGGCAUGCACAGAAACUGCAAGAAUUGCCCAACUUGUGGCUCGCCAGAGGAGUUCUAAAAGGAAAGCGGGGCGGCAAGUUAAUUGCCAAAUGAGAGUGAAGAAAACCAUGCCAUUUUUUCUAGAAGGUUUAGUCCAAAGGCAUCUCUUCCGCCAGCUUUUCAGAUGCAUCUGUCAAGAACCUGUAGUAAGGAAAUGAGCGAUAAUUUAAAUCAGACUGUUGAAAAACCAAAUGUCACGCCUCCUGCCUCUAACACUUAUAAAAUGGAUGAGGUUCAAAAUCGCAUAAAGGAAAUACUAAACAAGCAUAACAAUGGCAUUUGGAUAUCUAAGCUUCCACAUUUUUACAAAGAGUUAUAUAAAGAAGAACUUAAUCAAGAAAUUUUACAGCAGUUUGAACACUGGCCUCAUAUUUGCACGGUGGAAAAACCAUGCAGCGGUGGUCAAGAUUUACUUCUUUAUCCACCUAAGAGAACGCAGCUUUCAAGAAGUGAACUGGACAAUGAAAAAGUGCCUCCAUCCCAGCUACCUGCUCCAAAACAACUGCCAACAUUAAAAGGGUGUCCAGCAGUUACGCCAGAAGACUUUAAAGAGAAAGUUGCAGAGCUGCUGGAGAAAUACUCAAAUGGUCUUUGGGCCAGUGCACUUCCGAAAGCAUUUGAGGACAUGUACAAAGUGAAAUUCCCUAAGGAUGCCUUAAAAAAUCUUGCCUCACUUUCUGAUGUAUGCACCGUAGACUACAUUUCUGCAAAUCCCCAGAAGGCCAUUCUCUAUGCUAAACUGCCAGUGCCCACUGAUAAAAUCCUCAGUGACACUGUGCAAGCACAGGGUGAUUAUGAUAUCAAGUCUAUGAUUGAACAAGAAUAUUUGCAGAUAGAAGAAAACCUUGCUGAAAGUGCUGAUAGCUUUAUAGAGUAUGUAACAGUUCCUCCUUUAAUCAUUCCAACCGAGGCAUCCCCAUCUGUAUUGGUGGUUGAACUGAACAACACAAAUGAAGUGGUUAUCAGGUAUGUGGGAAAAGAUUAUUCUGCUGCUCAAGAAUUAAUGGAAGAUGAGAUGAAGGAAUACUACAGUAAGAACCCUAAGGUUGCACCAGUCCAGGCUGUGCACGUUGGGCAUUUGCUGGCAGUAAAUGCUGAGGAGGACGCUUGGUUACGGGCACAGAUCAUCUCAGCAGAUGACAACAAAAUAAAGGUAUGCUAUGUUGACUAUGGUUUUAGUGAAAAUGUUGAAAAGAGCAAAGCAUACAAAUUGAAUCCUAAGUUCUGUUCACUCCCAUUCCAAGCUACAAAGUGCAAGCUAGCAGGGUUGGAAGUUCUAAGUGAUGAUCCUGAUUUAGUGAAGGUGGUUGAAACUUUAACUUGUGGAAAGAUCUUUGCAGUGGAAAUCCUCGACAAAGCUGAUAUUCCACUCGUUGUUCUCUAUGAUACGUCAGGAGAAGAUGAUAUCAAUAUCAAUGCCACCUGCUUAAAGGCCAUAUGUGACAAGUCAUUAGAAGUUCACCUUCAGGUGGAUGCCAUGUACACAAAUGUCAAAGUGACCAAUAUUUGCUCUGACGGAACACUCUACUGCCAGGUGCCUUGUAAGGGUCUGAACAAACUCAAUGACCUUCUACAUAAGAUAGAGGACUACUUCCAUUGUAAGCACAUGACCUCCGAGUACUUCAUUUCAUUACCUUUCUGUGGGAAAAUCUGCCUCUUCCAUUGCAAAGGAAAAUGGUCACGAGUAGAGAUCACAAACGUUCACAGUAGCCGGGCUCUCGACGUUCAGUUCCUGGACUCUGGCACUGUAACAUCUGUAAAAGUGUCGGAGCUCCGGGAAAUUCCACCUCGGUUCCUACAGGAAAUGAUUGCCAUCCCACCUCAGGCUAUAAAGUGCUGUUUAGCAGAUCUGCCACAGUCGAUUGGCAUGUGGACACCAGAUGCUGUGCUUUGGCUAAGAGAUUCUGUUUUGAAUUGCUCGGACUGUAGCAUAAAGGUUACAAAAGUGGAUGAAACCAAAGGGAUUAUACAUAUUUAUUUAUUUACUCCUAAGAACUUCCCUGAUCCUCAUCGCAGUAUUAAUCGCCAGAUUACGAAUGCAGACUUGUGGAAGCAUCAGCAGGAUGUGUUUCUGAGUGCCAUAUCCAGUGGAGUGGGCUCUCCCAACAGCAAAAAUGGCAACACCCCUGUGUCAGGCAGCACUGGAGAGGGUUUCAGAAAGAGCCUCACUGAUAUCAAAAAGUCCAUGGUGGACCACACUGGCUCUUUCUCCAUGGAGGAGCUGCCACCUCCUGUCCACUUGUCAAAACCAGGGGAACACAUGGAUGUGUAUGUGCCUGUGGCCUGUCAUCCAGGCUACUUUGUCAUCCAGGCUUGGCAAGAGAUACAUAAGUUGGAAGUUCUGAUGGAGGAGAUGAUUCUGUAUUACAGUGUGUCUGAAGAACGCCAUGUAGCAUUAGAAAAAGACCAAGUGUAUGCUGCAAAAGUGGAAAAUAAGUGGCACAGAGUGCUUUUAAAAGGAAUCCUGACCAACGGACUGGUAUCUGUUUACGAGCUGGACUACGGCAAGCACGAAUUAGUCAACAUAAGAAAAGUACAGCCCCUAGUGGACAUGUUCCGAAAGCUGCCCUUCCAAGCAGUCACAGCUCAGCUCGCAGGAGUGAAGUGCAACCAGUGGUCUGAGGAGGCUUCGAUGGUGUUUCGAAAUCAUGUGGAGAAGAAACCUCUGGUGGCAUUGGUGCAGACAGUUAUUGAAAACACUAACCCUUGGGACCGGAAAGUAGUGGUCUAUUUAGUGGACACAUCGCUGCCAGACACUGAUAUCUGGAUUCAUGACUUCAUGUCAGAGUAUCUGGUAGAGCUUUCAAAAGUUAAUUAAUCACUGCUUCUGAGACCUUGACAACUAGUUCAGAUUUUUUAGCAAUAACAAAAUGUAGUAGGCUUAAAAAAAAAAAUCUUACCUCUGCUACAUGGCUCUGACUCUUGUGGGGGAUUGAAAAGAGUAUGCUUGUGUUUGAUGAAAGAUAUUUAAUAACAAGUUUUGUUUUAACAGAGUUGACUUUUCAAAGAAAAUUGCUCUUGAAUUAUUACUAUAAUAUUAGAAUAAAAAUGUUUAUCAAUGUAAAAA